ACUUGUUGCUUUUGUCCACGCUCCUAAAAACAGAGAAGAAGUCCGAGAGUGAAUUGCGCAGCGUCGCUUAUGAUGAGCUGAAUAUUGAGUCAAAUAAAAUUAGCUUUUUCACUAUUAAGCCAUGGAUAUUGUAAUAUAUGUUCUGGCUGCUGUGCUCCUCCUCGUCCUCAUUCUGUUUGCGCUGAAGGUUCAGAGGAAAACAAGGGACGCCGAUCAGGAGCAAAGGAGGGAUGUUGUCCGGGGGGCAGCGGUCCCUGUGCAGGCUUUGGGAGAGCGGGGAGCUGGUAUGCCCCGCAGGAGAAGGAACCUUGCUGCUGUGAUAGCCAACAGACGUCCACAGAGAGAAGAGCAGGAGGAGGAUCCUGCUGAAGACGAGGAAGGAGACCUGCAGAGCACCCAAACAACAGCUAAAAUUGGAGCCAAGAAGCAGAAGAAGUUGGAGGAGAAACAGGCCAAGAAAGCCCAACGAGAGGCAGAGAUGGAGGAGCGGGCGGAGAGGAGGAAGAUGCAAGAACUCCGAGAGCAGGAGAAACGGCAAGAAGAGGAGAGGGAGCGAAUGCAGGAAAAGAAACAGGAAGAGGAGGAGAAGCGGGCUAAAGAGGAACAAGAGCAACGAGAGGAGGAGGAGUACUUGAAGCUCAAAGCCUCGUUUAUUGUUGAGGACCACGGAGAGCAAGAACAGCUGUCAGAAGACCAGUCACUCAAUCUGCUGCAGGACUUCAUCAACUACAUCAAGACAUUUAAAGUUGUUCUCCUGGAGGACUUGGCAUCUCAUUUUGGGAUGAGGACACAGGAUGCAAUCGCCAGACUGCAAGACCUUUUGUCUGAAGGAACACUCACAGGUGUGAUCGACGACAGAGGGAAGUUCAUUUUCAUCACCCCAGAGGAGCUGGACUCCGUGGCUCGGUUCAUCAGACAGAGAGGCAGAGUCUCCAUCACAGAGCUAGCUCAGGCCAGCAACUCCCUCAUUAACCUGAUGCCUGAGAGCUGCAGCUCUGCCUGAAAAUAAAGGGGAUGUUUGCCGUUUGAUCGCAACGUUGGGUCAUCAUGGAAGCGAGUACUACAGCACUGUAUUUUGCAGAGGAAUUAAAAUGUUUCUGACAUC